AUGGCUGGUCUUAGCAACAAUUUCCACAGAGCAGUAACUCAGAAUGCUAUUCGCCUGCCUAUGCCAAUGUUACAGGCUAACUGUGUGUCACUGUGGGUUGUCUUCGGAGGAGGGACCCACCUGACCGUCACUGGUCAGCCACCAUCACCUCCCACAGUGCACCUCUUCCCUCCAUCAAAAGAAGAGAUACAAAGUAAACACAAGGCCACCUUGCCAUGUUUGGUGGAUGGCUUCAUGCCAUCUGCAAUCCAGGUCAGCUGGCUGGUUGAUGGCUCCCCAAUCUCUAGAGGUGUGGAGACGACCAAGCCGACAAAGCACAACGAUAAGUACAUGGCCAGCAGUUACCUGACUCUGGAUGCCUCCGACUGGGAGAGCCAUGAAAGUUACACAUGCAAGGUGACACACGAAGGGUCCGACUACCGGAAGACGGUGAACCGUUCGCAGUGUUACUGUGUGUCACUGUGGGUUGUCUUCGGAGGAGGGACCCAGCUGACCGUCACUGGUCAGCCAGCAGUACCUCCAACAGUGCUUCUUUUCCCUCCAUCCCCUGAAGAAAAAAGUACCAAAAACAAAGCCACACUGGUGUGUCUGAUGUCUGGAUUUAAUCCAAGUGUGGUUCAGGUCACCUGGACAGCUGAUGGCAACACGAUCACAGAGGGUGUGGAGACAGCCAAACCCACCAAGCAGAAUGAUAAGUACAUAUCCAGCAGUUACCUGACUAUGAGCGCCUCAGACUGGAAAAGCCACGAGGUCUACACCUGCAAGGUGACGCAUCAAGGACAGAUCAUUGAGAAGUCGGUGAAGAGCUCAGAGUGUUCUUAAAUCUUGUAUGACUCAACAGCACCCCUCCUGCUAAUGUCCAUCAAGAAGAGAUAGUCCUCCAUGGGACUGAGUGUAUUCCCUCUGAUUUCCUCUUGAUGCUAGUUGGAUAAAUUAAACUUGAUUUCCAUCCUCUGCACGUUUAUCUCCCCACCUCCUCCGUGCAUUUUCCCCAAGUAUCUCCUUUGUAUGUCAGCUUCUGAUACUAGCAGAUUAAUAAAAUUU